AUGGAGGAAGCAAGUUUGUGCCUUGGUGUACCCUCAGCUGUGCCUGAACCUAAUGCCCAGCUCAACAAACCAGUACUUAAUGUCAACAAACCAGUACUUAAUGGCCAGUACCCAAUAAGCCAGAAGCUGCAUCAGUUGACAACACAACUGGGACAUGCCUGCCCAGAGCUCCAGACCAGGCAAAACCCUGAGGAAAAAGCAGCAAUAGCACUGGAGGAUAAACGCCAACCCAUCAGCAGCCAAAUGACCCUGCUGGCAAAUCAGCUGAAUGCGGAUAUUGACACAAACUUGGGUAUGAAUGGGAGAGUUGACUUACAGCACUUCUUAAAUGGACAGAAUCUGGGCAUCAUUUCACAGAUGAACGGCACCGAAGAUGACGCAAAGAAAUCCAGAAAGUACCCGUGCCCCAUUUGCGGCAAACGCUUUCGUUUCAACAGCAUCUUGUCUCUCCACAUGCGCACCCACACUGGGGAGAAGCCCUUCAAAUGCCCUUAUUGCGAUCACAGGGCAGCCCAGAAAGGCAACUUGAAGAUCCAUCUCCGCACUCACAAACUUGGUAAUCUCGGGAAAGGCCGCGGGAGGGUCAGGGAAGAGAACAGGCUUCUGCACGAGCUGGAAGAGAGGGCCAUCCUGAGGGACAAACAGCUGAAAAGUAGCCUGGGCCAGCCCAAGGCUGAUGGCAAGCAGCCUGUCAUUAGCUCCUCUAGUUUGCCUUCGCCAGCCAGUCAGGGCAGUUCCGACGCUUCCAAUGCAGUUUCCAAUCCCAAGCCGCCAGGCACGCAAGAAGAGCCGACUGCUGCCGCCAUGGGAUUCAGAUGCACCUUCUGCAAAGGGAAGUUUAAGAAACGCGAGGAGCUGGAUCGUCACAUCCGAAUCCUCCACAAACCCUACAAGUGCACGCUUUGUGAAUUUGCUGCCUCGCAGGAGGAAGACCUGAUUAGCCACGUGGAGAAAGCACACAUCACUGCUGAGUCUGCCCAGGGACAGGGGUCUGGUGGCAACGGAGAGCAAUUGGCCAGCGAGUUUCGCUGUGAAGUCUGCGGCCAGGUCUUCAGCCAGGCUUGGUUCCUGAAAGGUCACAUGCGAAAACACAAGGAUUCCUUUGAGCACUGCUGCCAGAUCUGUGGACGUCGUUUCAAGGAGCCCUGGUUUCUGAAAAACCACAUGAAGGUGCAUCUUAAUAAACUGGCGGUCAAGAACAAAUCUCAGAAUAACCGAGAGGUGCCUGUUACCCUGAAUGAUAUGGUGCAAGAAUCCAAUUCCAAUGUCUAUUCGGCAUAUGUAUCGUGUUUACAGAGCGGUUUCCUAUCUCCUGACAAAGCGAGCUUAAGCGAACAAAACCAGCUGCAUUAUAACAAAGGGGAAAUCGCAAGGAAGGAGAAAGAAAUGCUUGGAAAGCUCAUCAUGCCCAUGAGCAGCGCAGGCCGUGUCAUGGCAGAGGGUGACAAGCGUUCCUUGCUUGGGUAUCUGAACCUGGCCCCUCCCUUGAAGGCGAGCUGCAUGGAACGGUUGCAGGCAGUGGCCCGAGUGGCAGAGUUUGAUCCAGUUAACAGUUACCAGGCCUGGCAGCUGGUGACGAGAGGAAUGGCUGUGGAGCAGGCUGUCCUGCCAAAAAAGCAAUACCUGCAGCCUGGUCAGGAAGAAGCUCUGGCAAACGCAGGUGUCAUCUUUGAUAAGGAGAAAGGAGAAUUUGUCUUUGUAGCUGGAGAUAAAUCAAAGCCCAGACCAGAGGCUGAUUUGAUUCGAAGCACUAAAAGAAGUAACCUGACUGAUGUUUCAGGUAAAGAUGAUUCAUUGGGAAACAGGGAAUUUGUGGCACAAGGAAUGAAUCAAGGACUGGAGUACAAAAUUUCCGGAUUGGGACAAAACCACGGAACUAUGAAGGAAAAGCCAACCGAAUGCUCAGACUGUGGCAGAGUAUUUCGAACCUAUCAUCAAGUUGUGGUUCAUUCCCGAGUGCACAAGAAGAGCAGGAAGCCUGGUGAUGAAGGCCUCCAGAGUCCAUUAGAUGAACGACGUGGAUCUGGAAGUGACCAGGAUUCCCAAUCAAUCAGUAGGUCAACGACACCAGGAUCGUCCAAUGUCACUGAGGACAACACGACUGCGGGAGGUUUCUCUAUGACUGGAAGUACCCAGGAAGAUAGUCCAAACCCGUCCUCACCAUCCUCUUCAGAUGUAGGAGAGGAAGUGGGAAGGUCUGCAGGAAUACAGCAGCCUUCUUUAUUGAGAGAUCGAAUGCCUGGAUCAACCAUCAGGGAUUGCCCUUACUGUGGGAAAUCUUUCAGAACAUCUCAUCAUCUGAAAGUCCACCUGCGAAUACAUACAGGUGAGAAACCAUACAAAUGCCCACACUGUGACUACGCUGGAACUCAGUCAGCAUCUCUGAAAUAUCACUUGGAACGCCACCAUAGGGAGCGUCAGAAUGGAACAAGUCCUUUGUUGGGACAGGGGCACAGCCACCAAGAGAAUCUUGAAGAGCCUAUCAAUAAAAGCCAGAUAUUUAUUAGGCCAGACAUACUGAGAGGAGUGAUGAAAAGUAUGCCAGGGACGGACCUCAGAAGUGGCUUGAUUCCUCAACAGUGGUCAAUGGGAGUCCAUUCCCCAGCGGAAUGCCAUGGACACGGGGCUGCUGUGACAUCCGAGCAGCAAGCUGAGAGUCUGAAAAGUGCAUCAGAGGCUUCUGGGGAAGACACUCCAAGUCUUUCUGAUCUGAGCAGAGCAUUCCAGAGCCUGGCUGGGAAUGGCGUCAAUUUCCAAGGGUCUUUGCAAGCUUUCAUUGACACUUAUGGACUGAAAUCCUUGGAAAAAGAAAAGGAGGUAAACGAAAGAAUCCCAAGCGAAACCAUAAGUGGAAAACUGCCUAACUCAAAAGCAACACUUGAAAAAAACAGCAAGAAAUUAGACUAUGAAGACUGUGAAAGAAGGUCUGAAGUUCAGGCAUCUGAAAAAAAGUCAGGAGGUAAAUCAAGAUCAAUUGCAGAAAAAUCCCAGUAUGAACCAUUGGAUUUGUCUGUCAAACCUCCAUCCUAUGAUUCUGCCCCACUUCCAGGUUCAUCCAUGACCAUCCAGGAUAACGUCACUUGGCAUGGAUGCCUGUUCUGUUCCUUCACAACUUCAUCGAUGGAAUUAAUGGUUCUUCACCUUCAAGCCAACCACCUAGGGAAGACGAAACGAAAAGAAAACCUUUUAGGACUGGCAGGAAACGGCAAUGAUCUUCAAGGGGAAUCUUCACCUUUUGCAAAGAAAACCUGUUUGCCAGUCUCUCCUGUUCUCAUGAAGAAAGAUCAGAUCGGUGCAAAAUCACUGGACAAGGCAGAGUCAUCUUCUGACAAAAUAGCUGAACAAGGACAAACCAGUGACUCAUUGGGAGAUCAUAAGAAGUCCUUUGCUAGUCCUAUGGAGACUAACCUGAGUUCUCUAGUUACAGAUUUUUACAAGCAAUUCAACACGUAUUCAAACAUCAGUGGUCCAGGAACACCCAGUUUAACCACUCAUGAAUCUGAACUGAAAUGCCGACCUGCAAGCACCAUGAAUCUUGUUUCACCAGGGGCUCAAAGCAUGAGUCCUUCUGGCGAAGUGGCUAAUAAACCAUGUAGUGGUGACACGGGGUCUGCGGAUGAUCAAGAUGUAAAUGAUCCAGAUAUAUUAGAGGACAUAAAACAGCCAUUAACCUCUGAUGAAGAAAGUUCUGAUGGCGAAGAUCCAAUUCCCAGUGCAGCUGUCUCGAAAGGAUCACAAGGACUUCUAACCUGUGUCGCUAAGCCUCAAGGUGGCCCGUGGCAGGGUUUAAAUCUUCUGCCAUCUCAAGAUAUUCCACAGGGGGUGGUCAAUAAGGAGCAAGUCCACAGCCAUCAACUCCUCGACCAGCAGAUGAAUAUGCUCUCUGCUCUGAGAGCCUACAGCACAGACAGCAUGGCAGCUUUCAAUGGUAUGGGAAAUAGCUCAAGCAACAGCAGCAGCAGCAGCAACAGCAGCAGCAGCAGCAACAGCAGUAGCAACAGUGUUAAGAGGUCAGACUUGUCAGGUCAGAGGCCUUUCCAGUGCAGAUAUUGCCCAUACAGUGCCUCUCAGAAGGGGAACCUGAAGACCCAUGUUCUGUGCGUGCAUCGCAUGCCUUUCGACAACAGCCAGUACCCAGAUCGCAGGUUCAAGCGCUCAAGAGUUGAAGCGGAGACUCCUGGGAUUUCAGAGGAAGCAAGUCUUGAGAAACCAGGGAGCUCGUGUGAACUGCCAAUGGAAACAAGUCAGGCCCAAGAUUAACGCAGCGGAACAAAAUAAAUACUUGCAAUAUUAAUUUCUACACAGCUUUUUUUGAUACGCAUUCGGAAUGAGCAAACCUUUAUGGCAUUCCAAGGAAAGAAAGUGUGGACUAUUAAUAAAUAACACCCGGAUAUUGUGAUUGACAAUAUAGAAUAUAUAUGGGAAAAGCAACAGUCCUCCCAAAUGGCUGUCAAACUGUUACCUAGCAACAAGUCCUUCCAAAUAUCACAGGUGGGUGGGAGGGCAAAGUGGGUUGCCAAAGGUGGGGAAGAGGUCAUCAAUUACUUAAAAGCCGGACAUGUAAAAGUUUAGAGUGGUCUUUGUCCAAAAAUAAUGCUCUUAACCGAAAAAUGAUACCAUCUAAAUGAUUUAGCAUUGCCUUGAAGAUCUCGGGCUGUGUUUUCAGUGUUGAAAACACCUUUAUAACAUGACACCAGCUGCUGUCAUUCGCUUAGCAUAGUAAUGAGAUGUGUUGGUAGACUGCCAUGGUGCCAGUCUGACUGGAGCUGUCAUUGCAGAAAAAAAUCAAUUCAAGUAGUGUCGCAACUGCACUAUAGAAGAAAUCUUAGACGGCCCAUGAACUAGGGUCAGUAGUGACCUACACUAAAGUGGGUCGGAUAAUAACGUUUUCACAUUUCCUUUCCAAUUCAGAGCUGAAUGCAUCAAUUGAAGAGGAACCCCAGUAGAAAUAAGACACAAUGCAAAGGCGCUAAGUCAUUUUUCCGUGAUUCAUUUAUGCUGUUGAGGGAGGAAAGCAUUUUUUUUCUUUACGUGUACGUAUGUAAUAAAAGGAUAAUUUUCUUCUGCGGACAAGGAGCUUAUCAAUAUUCAAGUUGGAGACAAGUAUGUGUGUGGGAGGGGGAUGUUGUGGUGGGGGGGAGGGUAUCAGCAAACACUGAAAGAUGUUAAGUUGGACAGUAGAGGGCACUAGCAGGAAGUGGGAUAUUUGUAGCAAAAGAUCAAGGUUUUUUACUUCAAUGAGAAUCCCCAUGAGCAACAAUUUGUUAAGGUUUUCUAAGGAUAAAAGAUACAGAAAUGGGGUGGGGGUGGUGGGGUAUCUCCUGAAAUGAAAAUAGCAGUAAAAUGAUCCACAGUUUCCUGCUCUGUAUUAACAAAUACUGUUAAUAGUGUAAGUCUUUUUUCCUUUGUUUUUGUAAAACGGAAACAAUGGAAUUUGUGGUGUAUUUUUAUGAAUAUUAGCUUUUGUACAAUUCGGAGUCUCCAGAGAUUAAUUUUACCGUGAGUAUAGGAAGCUUUGGAGGAAGUAGAGGGUUGUGAUGAAUGAUGAGGUUAUAAAACACUCUAGAAAAAUAAUGUAUGAAGGUUUUCGAGUAACGCAAAAAUCAGUAUCAAGUCCUUCAAAAAAUCAAACAUGCUUUACAGCCUUUUAUCUUAUUUCAUUUGUCAAAAGCAAAAAAAAAACGGUGCUUUUUUUCUUCCGAUAGUAGACAAGUGUUAAUGUCUUCUAAAAAGAAAAGUUGGACUUAAAAAGUCAAAUAGUGUUCCAUGUAGGCUGGGAGCAGAAAGUAAAUCCCAGGGCCUUAAAAAGUUCUGCUCUGCCUAAAAGCAGUUUACAAUAAUCAGAAACUGCAAUGUAUGACUUGUAAAUAUUAAAGGAAAAGCUUAGUGCUAAACCUGAGGUAAGAAAGCAUCUCAGGCUAGGAGGGAAGCAAGGUUUGCAUAUGCUGGCUGCUGGGAAGUCAAUCAACCUAAGCCACAAUUGAGUCGAGGUCAUUGUUCAACUAGGACCUAUCUGCCGUAUAGCAAGCUGGUUUUAUUGUUUUCUAGUAUAGUUCUCACUGCCUUACUUAAACCCAGAUGAUAAACUUAAUGCAACUUGUUUCGAAAGAUCCCCCGUAAGGGAUCGAGAUGUUAUUAAACAUUUCUGAACGACUGUAGUAAGCUUUAGGAUAUUAACUGCACUACUGUGUUUGGUGACUGUGUCAGUCGCUUGCUUUUGUGUGUGUGUGUGUAUGUAUGUAUGUAUGU